UUAUAAUCGACUCUGCCAUUUUGUAAAACGGACGAAUUGACAUAAAGGUCGCUCGUUUGUCGGAAAGCUUUAUAAUUCCACUCAUGAGUUGUAAAUAAUCUUCAAAUAAAAGUUUAUUUCAUAAAGCCUGAUUAUGGCUCGAAGCCGCAAAGAUAGUGCGGGGAAAAGCGAUUCUGAAAUCACGGAUAAGGAAAACAAACGAGAACGAGGCAGGGAUAAGGAAAGAAAGAAACGUGCUGCUUCUUCUUCCAGCAGUGGCAGCAGUUCCUCUGACAGCAGUUCAACAUCAUCGAGUUCCAGCGGUGGAUCCAGUUCGAGAUCGAGUUCUUCAUCAAGUUCCUCUACCAGUAGUUCAGGCAGCUCCUCUGGAAGUUCCCGAGAAAGGGCUCGAAAGCGUAGCCGAAGCAAAAGUGCCGAUGCACCAAGGAGGCACGAGAACAAAGAUAAAGAGAAGGACAAGGAGCGCGAAAGGGAACGAGAGCGCGAGCGGGAACGCGAGAGAGAGCGGGAACGAGAACGAGAAAGGGAUCGUGAGAGGGAAAAGGAUAAGAAAAAGAGCAGCAGUAAUGCUGUCGUUGAAAAGCCAAAGCCCAAACCACGUUCCAGGUCACCGUCUCCUCGAAGAAAACGUCGAGAGCGUUCACCCAUCCCGAGGCCCACGAAAAUUCACAUUGGUCACUUGACCCGCAACGUUACCAAGGAACACAUUAUGGAAAUCUUUUCCACUUAUGGAAAUAUCAAAAUGGUGGAUUUCGCACUUGACAAAUUCCAUCCGACCCACGGAAGGGGUUUCGCUUAUGUUGAGUUUGAAACUGCCGACGAGGCUGAGAACGCCAUGAAACACAUGGACGGAGGGCAAAUCGAUGGCCAAGAGAUUACGGCCGCUCCUGUAUUAUUGCCGAAGGCAAGACCACCUCCGAUGCGCCGAAUGUCGCCAGCUCUAGGUCGAAGGGGACCAAUGCCUUGGAGAGGAGGUGGAGGUGGUGGAGGCGGUGGUAGAAAUUCGCCACCUCGUUAUCGACGUCGUUCUCCAAUGAUGAAUCGCAGACGCAGUCCGAGGCCUCCUCGUCGUAGGGCCAGGUCGCGCUCAAGAAGUCCCCAAAACAACCCUCGACAUCGUCAUCGCCGUUACACCAGGUCCAGUUCCAGUAGUUCACGAUAAUAAUUUAAUUUUCGGGGACUUUUACAUCGUCGAACCUCGCGCAGCUGUCGAUCGAGUUGGAUAAUAUUAAGUUUAAUAAUUCCAAGGGUUCUUACUAACCGUUGGUACUCAUAAGAAAAAGAACAAGGGAAUCGUCCAUGACAUGAUCAUAUUUUAUGGACGUCACUCGCAACACACCACUUUUCACAGAAAUAUAAUACGAUUUCCAUUGCCGAUAUGUCUUUAUUUUCGCACCCAUUAUGAAAAGUCUAAAGUAAAAAAAAAAGUCAAGGUAUAACGACGGGUUUUUGAGGUAAUUGUCUUGUUGCAAUUCUAGAAUAGUGUUUAGCAAAUAGACUUUGAAACGCGUAUGAGACGAAUGAGUGAUGAGGAUUAAAUUUAACAUUUGUCUGCAUUUUUCUCAGGGGAAUUAAUUCAAUGGUUUUACUUUUUUUUUCUUCUCCGUUCGAUCUUGUGAAAUGAUUUGAAGAAUGUUUAAAUCAUUUCUGAAUGCGUAUUUCUAUUUUUAAGAGUAUAUUAGAUGGAACUUAAAAGCUUCGGUCGUAUUUUUUCGAGGUGAAUGUACGGUGGGUAGUUUUUGAAUCAACUUUGAAAUGACGUGUGACAAAAAAAAAAUUCAAGCCUUUUCGACAUUUUUACCGGACAAAAAGAUAAGUGUUAUAUAUAGUAGAUAAAGAUGUAUGGAAACUGUGAAGAUUGUAAAAAAUGGAAAUUAAAGUUGUAUGCAUCAA